ACCUACACUACCUGUCAACACAAUACACUUCCUCUCCGCGGUUAAUGACUUUCCGAAGUGUUUUUUUUUCCCCCUCUCACACAGCAGCUGUUUCUCCGGGGCAUGGGACAUGGUUUGUGAAACUGACAGCGCGCACCAAUUUUACCCCGGAAGAAAGACGCGGCGUGUUCCUGAAUGAAGUUCUGCACAGUUUGUCACCCACACAGUCGGACUCUGGAAAUGACUUCCAACAGAAUGGAGUGGCUUCUUCAGCGGUGCCACAAUCAAGAAACGCCGUGUCACUCUGUGUGUCGGUCGGUGCUCUUCGUAUCUUGUAUGCUCUUGGUCCUCUCUGUAUGCAUGUCUCCUGGAUUGUGGUCUGUUGGCGUCCAGCUUCGUUCAGCCAUCACAGGGAGCUAUGUUCCUGGGCACCACUCCAUCGUUCUCCUCAACAGCCCCAACGAACAGGCAGCCAAGGACAUGGGGAGGGCAAUCAUGGAGAAGCGGCUGGCAGCCAGUGUUAACAUUCUCUCCAGGACGUCCACAAUGUACUAUUGGAAAGGCGAGAUCCAGGAUGCAAAUGAAUUUCUGAUGCUGGUAAAAACAAAGACCUCCAGGAUCCAGCAAGUCACAGAUUAUGUGAGAUCCAUCCAUCCCUACGCAAACCCAGAAGUCCUCAGUUUCCCAGUGGAAGAUGGCAGUCUGGCUUAUCUGAAGUGGAUGGAUGAAGCCAUACCAGAUGACUGAUCCAUAGAAAUCAAAAUCCAUUCCCAGCGAGGACAGCGGGUGAACAAGGAAACGGAGCCAGGUGUUGUUUGAUGGCUGUGAGUCAAUGUUUGGGGAGCACAAAAGUUCAAAAUAUGACAUUUACUGUACAUUCUCUGGAUGCUCUGAUCUUUUCAAAGAGGAUUCCACGAUGUACUGUGGAGAUCUGAUAUGGAACGUUGUACCACGGCAAACAGACAGUCGUGGUUGGCUGCCCGUCGUCAGCUGCAACUGUGCAUCAGUGACAGUCGAGUGCUACAAAAACCGUGGCAAAGGGGAUUAAACCAACCAAACCGCAUAUAUUCUUUACCUCCAUCGGCCGCAUUAUUACUUUUAUAUGGAUGCACUCUCGUCGAUACUGUGGUUCAAAACCAGUAAUGUCUUUUGUGUAUUGAGUAUUUGCAUUUGCUGAAUCAUGCUCUUCCUGCAGCUUUAAUUUAAUCGUCCUCUAUACGCUGUAAUCCAUUAUUGACAUGACAAUGCUAUACUGAUGAUAGCAAGAGUAAACGGUUUAUCUCAGUCA